AUGCCUGACCUCCAAAAACUCAAAGGAACAUGGAAAUACGAAGAUGGUGAAAAAUUCGAUGAUUUUCUCAGUGAACUUGGUAUUAGUUUACCAUUACGUAUCUCAGCCAGAGCUGUUAAACCAACAAUUAUUAUAACCCAAGAACCUAAUGGUAAAUGGGUAUUUAAAUCUGAAUCAACAUUCAAAACACAGGCGUAUGAAUUUGAACCAAAUGUUGAAUUUACUGAAACAAGACUCGAUGGUGAAGAAGUGAAAUCAACAAUUCGAUUUACUGAUGAUGGUCAUUGGAUGCAUACAAGUCGCGAUAAAAAAGGAAAAGAAUCAACAAUUGAACGUUAUGUUGAUGAGAAGGAUCAACAACAAGUUAUUUGUUCAUGUGGUAAGGUGAAAUCAACCCGAUGGUAUAAACGAGCUUGCACUGGUUGGUUUGGUGCUAGUGAAAACUAUGUAAUUUUUGAUUUAUUUCGUCAUUAG